AUGUCAGUCUUCUCAUUAGACACAAGCCAAGGCAAUCCUGUUACCCAAGAGACAGUGGAGAAGUUAUGUCUACAGCUUGGAGUAACGAUCAAAGAGAAUGAAAGGGAAGAUUACAGACGCUUGCUUGCCGUAUUCCAUGAUGCUAGUGAGCAGUUGAUGGCGAUGGACGACUAUGUUCCAGUCGUAGACGAGGAACGUUUCCCGCGAGAAAAUGUCCAUUUUCCAGAGAGGGCCGACAAUUCUCAUGGCGCAUGGGCAUGGAAAUGCAACAUCGUCGAUAAGCAAGCACAAGGCGGCAAGCUAAAAGGCAAGACGUUCGCGCUAAAAGACAACGUAGCAGUCAAGGGUGUUCCAAUGCUUUUGGGAACCAAUUUCAUCAAAGGCUUCGUACCAGAUUGCGAUGCUUCAGUAGUCACGAGGAUAUUAGAAGCUGGCGGUCAGAUCCUAGGGAAGGCCGUUUGCGAGAACAUGUGUCAUUCUGCCACUAGUCAUUCAUCUGGAACUGGAAUUGUAGAAAGCCCGUUUGCGAAGGGCUAUAGCGCCGGUGGAAGCUCCAGUGGAUCGGGAGUACUCGUCGCUUUGGGUGAGGUUGAUGGAGCAGUUGGAGCCGAUCAGGGUGGUAGUAUUCGCGUCCCCGCAGCAAAUUGCGGUAUCGUUGGAUUGAAACCUACUUUUGGUUUGGUUCCAUACACAGCAUCUGGUUCCAAUGAGCCGACAAACGAUCACCUUGGUCCUAUGACGAAAUCAGUCUUGGAUAACGCGCUCUUCCUUGAAGCUAUCGCCGGCAACGACAACAUAGACGAUCGGUCAUUCGCUGCUCCACAUCCGUCGAAACUCCCGAAGUAUAGCUCAAUAAUGAGUCUGCCCAUGGAGAAACCGCUUCAGGGGAAACUAUUUGCUAUCAUCACGGAGUCUCUGUUGACACCGGCUCUCGAUCCGCGUGUAGUCAAGACAUUCCGAGUGGCGGUAGCAAAGUACGUUGAUCUUGGUGCCACGGUCGAAGAAGUCUCAAUACCGAUCCACUCAAAAGGAGCCGCAAUAUGGACCGGUAUAUCGAAAGUCGGUGGCUUCCUGUCCAAGACUUCCGGCGCAUUUGGAAGAAGAGGCCAUCAAAUGCUCGGCUUGAACUCAUUGCUUCAUCCCAUGGGUCAGGAAAACUGGGACGAAGCAUACGCCUCCACGAAGAACAUAUACCUGAACGGUCUCUACGCUACAGAAAAGUUCCCGCACCUACUUGCCAAAGCAACGAAUUUAUCGCGCCAGCUACGAGACGCUUAUGAUGCUGCACUGGAGACGUACGAUGUCCUCUUUACUCCUACUCUUCCCUAUGUGGCGACUAGUCAUGCUGCACCGGACGCGACGCCGCUUGAGCAGAUUACGAAGCAGAUAGGCCUGACAGCAAAUACAGCCCCGUUCAACCAGAGUGGUCAUCCAGUGCUGGCAUUACCCAUCGGCAUGCUGGAAGUGCUCGAAGGUCCAGGAGUAAAGGAUGGUGUAAAGUUGCCUGUUAGCAUGCAGGUUAUUGGGAAAUGGUGGGAUGAGUUGGCUAUUUAUGAAGCGUCGUUCGCUUGGGAGCGAGCCAAUGAUUGGCGUAGUAUGUAGAUAAGCUCUCAAGUCUCGUGUAAGGCGUCUG